CUCUCACUUGAUUUUCUCAUUUUCCCCCAUGAGUGAACAAAUUGAUGGAAAAACCCUGGUUGGUAGUUAUGUUUGCGCAGAACAACCUGGGGAGUUCAGAUGGCAAAGGUUCCCUUACACAGGCUGACAUGAAUGGAUAUUGGGUUGUUUUUGAGGAUAUUGAUAAAGCUCCGUCUGAUGUACAAUCUCUUUUACUGCCUUUGUUGGAAGGUGCUUGUUUAUUUUCAACUGGCCACGGGGAGGCUAUAAGAGUGCCACAAGGAUUUCGACUGUUCUCCACUAUAUCAAGUUCAAAACCCGAUAUUGCAUUGUCAAAAGAAGGUGGCAGCUCUCUUAGUAAUCUUUGGAGGAGAGUAAUGAUAGAGUCACCAAGCAGUGAAGAUUUGAUGUGCAUAUUGAAAGUUAGAUACUCAAAUUUGGAACCUCUUGCUGCAAAGCUUAUUGAGACUUUGGAAAAUAUUAACCACCUUAUGAUAUUACAUACUGGAAACACUGCAUCCUUAAGUUCUUUCAGCAGAUUUACACUGAGGGAUCUUCUAAAGUGGUGCAAGAGGAUUGCUGAAUUAAAUUAUUAUUUUGAUGGAGAUGCUCUCCCAGUUGAUGUCUGCAAUAGUAUUUACCAAGAGAUCCUCAGUCGUCUUCUUCCGAUAACAAAUCUCGCCCGGCGCCGGCUAGUACCUUGGUGCCUGCGCUGACCGUUGAGGCCGCACAUUCCUCCACCUGCUGCCGUGAUCCGUCGUCCACUGUCCAGCCUUCAGCUCUGUCCAUUUCCAUCCCUCUUUCUAUCUCUCUCUCUCUAAAGCUGAUGAGGCAUCUAAGGCGCUAAGGAUGGAGCAGACUCUUACCAUUAAGACAGAGGAAGAUGAUGAGCCACUGUUUGGUGAUGAUGAUGAAGAUCUUCGUAGAUCAUUGGAAAGAGCUAGAAAGUUAGAUCUUAAAAAACAAGAUGAGACAGUUGUAUCUGGUCCUCAGCCCAUUGUUGCUUCCUUUGCCUCAUCUGCUGCCCAAAUAUCAAAUGCAGGUGACCUGAACCCUGCAUCAGGAGAACCAUAAGAAAACAAGGUUGUCUUUACAGAGAUGGAUCCGAGUUUGUUUGGGGACUUCAGCUUGAUAAAUGUAUGAUUCUCACUUGGUUUCUUUAUCAACCUAUACCCACAUAUAAAAUAAUUCUAU